AUGGAGGACCAAAGCGCUUCAUCAACUGUUGAUGAAGAGACUCCGACAACCAGUGGACCAGCGAACCAGGGAAAUGGAGAUCAAUCGUCUGAGUUAAUAAUCCACGAAAGUGACGAGCUCCUGUCGUUGAUAAUCAGCGACAGUGAAGGCGACGAACAGGAAGUUCCAACUGAUUCAACUAACAGCAAACGUAAAGGUGCUGAAAAUGCUGAUGCCGAUAUGACUGGAAUAGCUCUCCUAGAUGUGACUUCCGAGGCUGUUUCUGAAAACAACGUGGGAGAUGCGAAGCAAGAUGAUAAACAGGCGAAGGAACGCUCCAGCGAAGAAGGUGAUGUUGGCGCUGCUGAAAAGCUUGAACAGGCAGAAAAUGAUAAUAUCGACCUGACCGAAUUAUCUAGUCCGGAGGGGUCUUUUACCUGCAAUCGUGGUGUAAACAAGGGUCCAGUGAAUCAAUUGAGCCCUGUCAGAAAUGAUGGGAAAAAAAAUGUGGCACGAGCAACUAACGUUAAUACGACGGCCGAAGAACUUUUUAACUCACUGUUGGGUGAGCGCUCUAGUGCUGCGAUAACGGAGACCACCGUUCACGCAGAGCGCAGUGAUAUGAUAAAAUUUAGCGACGAAGUGGACAAAGAUUCUUCAAAGAUUCCAGCAGAAAACAAACAAAAAGCAGUCGAUCGCACCGUUGAGAUUCGUCCUUCCGUAGAGCAAACGGAGAUCGCUCAACAAACAGAAAUGGCUACCGAAGCUGGUGAAGCAGCCGGCACCAAACGAUUACCUGAAAAAAUAGACAAUGUAUCAGGUGUAACUGAAACGGCCGAUGCAAAUGGUGGGGAAGUAAAAAUCCCCGAUGAAGACGCCGAUGGAAUUGCGUCACAAAAAAAGGAUGCAAGUACUGUUCCUACUGCGUUACACGAGAAGCGCUUAUUGCGGGAGACAGAGGAAGAUGUAACGGACGAUCUUGCAAAACGAGCAAUCGACGCGAACAAGAAGGACGGUUUAGCUGCUGUUGAUGAGGCUCAGGCUACACAAAGCGACGAACACCAAGUGCCAAUCGUUAGCACUUCUGAUGAUAUCGACGAACCACCGAGAAAAAAGCAGAAACCUUCGGAAGUGAUCUCGACAGGUGACGAUCUAGCUAUUGUGUUAUCAGAGAGUGUACAAGAAACAAGUAACGAUCGAGAGCAUACCUCGGGUGUCGCAUUUGUGGCUAAUUCAUGCGAAUCGAUAAGUAUGAAUGGCCAAAUCAAACGUAGAGGUUCAUUACUAAGCGAGAUCGAAGCCGACAAAACAGUCGAGGCAAAUAGAAGCAGUUCUGCACUUAGUUCGGCAGAAAUGUUACCCAAAAAACCAACGGCCCUGGAAGUGUUGGUGAUUGAUGAUGAUGAUGAAGAAGAUAUUUCGAACCCUAGAGCAACAGAAGCAGUAAACGAUACCAAGAAAUUGGAGGACAGUGGCAAGCGAGAUGUACACACAAGCGGGGUCGGAAAUACCGACAAUAUAUCUUCUGCAAAGAGAGCGAAGAUGGCUGAAUGUGGUACAUUGAGCGACGAGGAGAAGAGUCUUCGUGGCGUCAACCCAGACACGAAAAACGAAGACGAUAAAACUAAAAAACGAACGGAACCGACUGUGUUACGAAUGGAUUUUCUAAGAAGAUUCGCACGACCUUUGACAACCAUGACUCAAUCUGAUCUUGAAGUACUAAUCAUGCAGAAGAUUACCGAGGCGAUCGUAAACCGGGAAGAGAUGGCCGAGAUGCGCCAGCUGCUUGCGAAGCAGGAUGCAAUGUUGACCGCGUACCGGCAACGAAUUACAGAUUUGUCCAAGAGGUUGAGCGAUAUUACGCUGAUACAAACUCGAGUGUUGAGCGAAUUGGACAAACGCUCGAGCCGUCAGGUACUGCCACUUAAGAUAACGCGGAACGUCGGACUUCAGAUAUAUUUGCCGAGAAUCUCCUACAAUGAAGUGGAAGACCAUCCGUUGCACUCCGUAGCAGGGAGCACUUCACCAAUAAUGGGCCCGAAAGAGUGCUUGCCGAAUAGUGCCAAGAACGUGUCUUCAACGACAGCGAACUGUGGUUCACAGACACCACAGACAAAUGCAGCAAAACCCUUGACAGCCGCUCAUCAAACCGUCCCGAACCUGAACAAGCAUUCCGGUACUAACACCGUGCGACCGCCACAAACGGUGACCGUAGCACGAAAUUCUAUGGUUAGUUCCAACGGUGCAUUGCUUUCGAAUGGUGCAACCAACAAACAAACAGCGCUGGCUCCUGCGAGUUGCGACCGUCGUUCUACAAACACACCCAAUCCGAAAACCACCGAAUCCUCAACAUCAUCCAGCAAUAGCAGUGUAAUGAACGGCAACAAUGUAGCUAGGAACGCAUCGGACAGCAACCAUGGCGGAAAUCGAAAGUCCUGUCACAAAUUCACCCCAAUGAGGGCUCCAAUGUCCGCCCAGCAACAGGCACAGCACCAAAGACAUGCUCGUGAACAGCAGGAGUACAUGGUACAGCAGCAAAUCAAGAGCCAACAAGCACAACGACAGCUGCAGACACUUAACACAGG